AUGCAAAAUGCUCCAGCAUCAAUACAAAAGAUAAAUGAAAAUGACUUAAAAACAUUCUUAAAAAAUGUUGAUUCAAUAUUUACAUCAAUUAGUAAUCGACAAUUAGAUCGUUUAUUUUCAAUGCUUGAUUCAUAUAAAUUUGUUGAUCAUCUUAUAAAUUCUUUUCAUCAAAAGAAAAUUGCUAUUGAACGUAAUCGUUUACAAUAA